AUAAUAUACAGCCUUAGAUACAUACUUCUGAAUAAAAUACAAGAUAAUUGAACCAUAUUAAAUCAAAUCAUGGAAUCCCAAAGCUUCACAGGAGAUGCAAAUGAAGACCUCUAUAUGUUGAGUACACCUGACUACUUCAUUGAUACCGGUUCAUACUGUGAAAAAAGCAGCGUUAGAAAAUUUGCAGCAUAUGUUCUUCCACCAAUUUACUGGAGUGUAUUUUUUCUUGGGCUCUUUGGGAAUGGUUUGAUCGUCAUUGUAUAUCUAACGUACAAAAGGUUAAAAACAAUGACAGACACCUAUCUGAUCAAUCUUGCUAUUGCAGACAUACUUUUUCUGAUGACUCUGCCAUUUUGGGCAAUUUCUGCCUCACAUGAGUGGAUAUUUUAUACUAUUCCCUGUAAAAUUGUAAAUAGCAUGUACACAAUAACUGUAUAUAGUGGCAUGCUGUUGCUUGCUUGUAUAAGUGUGGACAGAUAUAUUGCCAUUGUCCAGGCUACUAAAGCACAAAGAUACAGAACCAGGAGCAUAAUUCUUAGCAAGCUUGUUUCUCUUUCUGUUUGGAUAUUUGCAGUUGUUUUAAGUCUUCCAGAAAUACUCUUCAGCACUGUAAAGGAAGGGUUAUCAUUCAAGUUCUGUACAAUGUCUUAUCCCAUAGAAGUAAGUAAAACAUUAAAGGUAAUAGUUAUAGCUUUAAAAGUGACAAUGGCAUUUUGUAUGCCACUCCUGGUGAUGAUAUUCUCUUAUGCUCUGAUCAUUCCUACACUUAUACAUGCUAGAAGUUUUCAAAAACACAAAGCUUUAAAAGUAAUUUUUGCUAUUUUAUCAGUGUUUGUCUUAUCUCAAUUACCAUACAACAGUAUACUUAUAGUUAGGGUCUUGGAUGCUGCAAACACUACUGUUUCAGACUGUGCAACUUCCCAAAACAUAGAUAUUGCAUAUAAAAUAACACAAAGCAUUGCAUUCAUUCACUGCUGUUUGAACCCUUUCAUUUAUGUUUUUGUUGGUGUUAAAUUCAGGAGUGAUCUUUUUAAAUUUUUUAGUAAGUUUAGUUGUAUUAGUGAGAGUAAGAGUAGUGCCAGGCUAAAGCCAAAUAUUCGUGCAAAACUGCCUUCAGAAAUACUGGAGACAAAAAUGGGCACACUGUCACUAUAAAGUUAUAUCAAUUGUAAAGGUAUGUGUAUGCUUGAAAAACACUUUGUAAAGCCUUGAUAAUGCAUGUGUUUAUUUGUAAAAACAAAUUUUAAACCAUUAUAAGGAUAUAUCUGGCAGAACUGUUUUUUUGUGUUCUGCAUUACCGCAUGCAUUAAUGGUAUAAAAGGUUUGUGUGUAUUGAUUUUUGUAUUGUGCAUCAAUGAGCC